CUUUGGUUGAAGGGACGACGACGGCGACGGACUGCGCUUCUAAAUUUACUGCCGUCUCAAUCUAUCACAAGCGACCGCGUCUCAGGACCAGACUGCGACAAAGCAAUCUGUUUGUGCAUUGCGACGAGACAUAAAUCUCUUGUGCCGGUCGCAGGAGCAGCGCGCCUCUAGUAGUGAAGCCCGAGUAACAGGAAUGAAACAGUCGACGACGAUAUGGCUUCCCAUCUUCCCCUCUCGGCUGGCCUUACCCCUUCACGCUUAUCUACCGGUUCGAACAACACCUAUGUCAUGUCUACCUCGCCCAGAUCAAGCCGCACCUACUCGUCGCGUCGCCGUAACCAUGAUACCUAUAUGCCUACCAUCAUGACCACCGUUGGUCAGAGACCUGCCUGCCUCGUCAACGCUUCCGUGACGUACGUCGGCAACGAUCAGAUCUAUGCCUUCGGUGGCUUCGACCAAUACACGGAUGAGGUCUACAACCAUGUCCUCAGACUGGAUCUGCAGGCCAAGCAAUGGAGUCUAGUUGACAACUACGGAGACAUUCCAGGCGUGCGAAUGGGCCAUACCGCGUGUCUCUGGCAGAACGAGAAACUUCUUGUAUUCGGAGGAGAGAAUGAACACCGCUCUCACCUGGCCGACGUUAUUAUCUUCGACCUCAAGACGGCUCAUUGGACCUCGCCCGAAGUUCAAGGCACUGCCCCACGCGGAAGAGCCAGACACUCAGCUGUGAUUCAUGAAGACAAGUUGUUUGUCAGUGGUGGAAUGACCGGCCAUGACAAUGCUGUACUUGAUGAUAUCUGCUAUCUCGACCUCAAGACCUGGACGUGGUCGCGACCCUGGAAGUUUGUUCCCAGAUACGAUCAUUCAACAUGGAUCUGGCGCGACAGACUCUGGGUCUCGGGAGGCAUGACCGAAGACAUGGAGCGUACCAGCGACAUUUGGUGGCUUGACCUCAAGGGAAUACCUGCCUUCGAGGGUGCCAACCCUGGUGACGACAUGUCUAGGUCCUCCAUGUAUUCUGCCACUUCCAUCACUCCCCAGGCAGGCCCGACCGGCGCAUACGCUGCAAAUUCAAGCAGCGUCCAGGUAAACCCCGGCUACAUGGUCCAGCGCAACCCUCCCAUUGCUCCGGGCUCCAUUUCCUCUCUUCGUUUCAUCUCAAAUCCAAACCUCCCCGUUCAGAAUGUAGGAUACCAUUUCCAUGUUUUCUCUUCCGCCUGUCUGCUCGACUUCGUUACUCCAGCAACACUCAUGUCUGCUUCAGAGACAAGCUUGUCAGCCUUCGAUUUGGACUCUCUGCGUUGGCAGAAGCUGGCUGAUGGAAAGGACAUCUUCAACCCAAAUUACCGCUGGCACUACUGUUGUCUCGAUUCUGAUGGCACGCACGCGUGGCUACUCGGAUGUCCCAAUUCGCUUCCUAGAAAUGCUCCCGACGCCGAGGAAUAUCUUAGUGAUGUUCUCCACCUCGACCUCAGAAAGCUCGGUCUCCUUGGUAACAAGCUCACCCUAGAAUCCAGAUCCGUUCAACAGGCUCCCACAUCCGAUAACCGGGUCUCAUCGCAUCUCUCCGCUAUUGGCGCUGAUCUUGCCCGCACAUUUGAUGUUGCUCCCGAGCAGGGCUCUGGAGCCGACUUCAUCAUUACGGCCAAUCCGGACGAUGACUACGACCAGGACUAUGAUGGUGACAGUGUGAGGUCUCACGAGAAGCCUGCAAAUGCAUCUCAGCCUAUCCAUGUACACCGAUUCAUUCUCUCAGCACGAUGGCCGCACUUUGCUCGCCUCUACAGUGCUCAGAUGUCCGAGUUCCAUACAAAGAAGAUGCACAUCCCAGAACCAUACGCCGCGGUGCGUGCCUUCCUCUAUUAUCUCUACACCGACUCUAUCGCCCCCUCAUUUAUCACGAACUCCACGUCCCCGUCACCCAGUCUCGAAGACGUUGCUGGUAUGCUUGUCAUGAGCAACAUCUAUGACAUGCCACGCCUGCACCAUCUGUGCGUUGCACGAUUGGUUCGCGAACUCGACAUUCAGCAUGCUGCUCUCAUCUUUGACUGCGCCAGCGUUGCGCAAGAAUCUUGGCUCAAGCGACGUGCAGCCAGCUUUUGCAUGACACACUGGGGUCGUGUAGUGCGUACUGAAGGCUUCCGCCGAUUGUCGCGCGCUGCCAUGCUUGAGCUUUGUGAGGAAGUCGAUGCAGAAGGCAGAGUGGUAGGCGGAGAUGAGCUGGAAGCUGUCGGCGCUCUUGGAGGCGCAAGACUGAGCACUCUCAGCAAUUGGCCUGAGGGUAGAAAGAGGAGAAUGAACUCGGAAAGUGGGCUCAUGGAAGAAAUUGCUGAUGAAGAAGAGGAAGAGGGCAUGGAGGUUAAUUAGUUAGUUACUCUCGCUCUUGAUUCGGAUUGAGCUAUGAUUGAUGAGGAGUAGAUAUUGCUGUUCGAGCAUGUACAUAUUUUGGGCAUCGUUUAUGGUGUUGGCUUUUAGCUUGCGCAGGGACAUCGGAUCAGGCAACAGGCUCAGGGGAUAACGGAAUACGACAGGGAAUACGGCGUUGGUCCAUGUGUAGUAUCAAUCAAACACUUGCCAUUUGUACCAACAC